AUGCUUUCUGAUUGGCUGAAAACACAAAAGAAACCAACAAGAACCAAUCAGAUUAGAGCUGUUUUAACAACAAAAAUUCAAGGAAAUGGCCAUGGUUUCAAAGGUGUUCGCCGUUGUUUGCGAAAUGAUAAACUUGUGAAUUGCCAUGUUUGAAAAUUCUGCAAAGAUCUAUUUUUAAACUUACGCGUGAUUUGAUCUGUCAAUCAAAUUGUACUUUUUAAUGGUUUCCUCUCUGAUUUUGUUGAGAUCACUUCGUGUGUAUAUACAGAAACAAUUAUUCUCCACAAAGUGCACUCGCCCUACGGGCUCGUGCACUUUUGUUAGUCUUUGAACAAUUUACUCGUGCUUAUUUAUUCCAAAUUGCACUCGAAAUCAUGUGAUUACCUAGACUUAAGAUACACAGUUUCCUUGCCGUGGGUAAGGGGUAAAUUACCUUUAUACCCAGCGAUAGAUACAGUGAACUGCCUUUUACACUGGAGAAACGGGUAGGCUACCCGGUAGAAGGUUCAUAAUAAUAUCACUCCUGGGAAAUUGUAGUCACAUUCAGGCAAACGUCUUCAUCCACCCAUACCCUUAGAGAGAAACGGUGUAUCUUAAGGUCGCUAUCAUCCGGUAAGGAUAUAAUCAUGAGUUCAUUGCUUCAUAUAAUGGUAGCAUCAGAGAUACCAACCCUUGGCUUCUCUAAAAUCCGAAGUUCAAUAAAGUUAUGUACAAUGUAUGUAUGUAAAGGAUGACAACAAAGUGAAUCUCUUUUCAGGACGGUUCAGGAAAAUACAAAGAAAUCAAUUAAAAUAUGCUGUAAAUCAAAGAUGAGCAAAAUUUACGAAUUAUACUAAUGCAUUUCUUAAGAAACUUAAUACAGUUUUUAAUGCAGUCAGCUGUCAGCUUUGGAAAACAAUACUACAAAGCAUGUAAAAUAGGCCAUUUCUGUGUAACUUUCAGGAUUGAAAAUUGAGAGAAAAAAGUGCAAUGGGCCGUGAAAGCAAUAAAUUGAUCGAGUCAUACAGUACGCAACCGACUAUAACAGUUUGAGUCUUCGAUUGUCAGGCGAUUUAUAACAGUUUACAACUAGUUAUUACACCUGGGCCUCAUUAGUUCUUCUACCUCUUCUUUCUAUGACUUCCUCAGCUUCCACCAUCCACAGCAGCAAAGCCAGCUUUUGUCGGUUUUGCCAACAGUCCACUAAAGUAAAUCCUUCAACUUCUCCAGGGCCCAAUUGUUAGAAGGGCAAUUAGCACUUGACCCAGGUUUAAGUUUUAGCCAGGCUUCUUUUUCUUUUGUUCAAAAGCAUUUUUCCGAAUAAUUUUGUGUUAUUUUGAAGAGCAUGCAAUCCUCAACUUGUUGACAAAAAGAACUAAACUAAAUUCACUUUCUUUCCCAACAUGUUAGAGAUGUAAAAAUUAAUCAGAUGAUUAUAAAAUAGAAAACACCUUUCUGGUUUGCUGGUAUAUCGGUCGAUAACGGCUUGUAGCUGAGAGAUUGUCCACAAAAUAAAGAUUUGCCCAAUAAGCGAAGCUUCGAAGGCAAAUGUGAAAUUUUGUUAACAAUUCACAAAUGGCAUCAAAUCGGUAGAAAGUAGAAGCCAAAAAAAUUUUCUUAUUAUUUUGGCCAAAUUUCAGGCAUAAACAUAAAAAACGUAACUAUUGAAAUUUUUUCAAUUUUAACAGUUUUUUCUACAAAAUCUCCACCUUCGUGCAAAACAUUUAGUCUGUUUCGAACUCUGCAGUUUGGCAUCUGCCUCUUUGUGCAAGUUUGAUUAAACUUCUUGUACAGAAUAGAUGAACUUAUCCUUAUCAUAUGUGACCCUCCACAGGAAUUUGAUGCUAAAGGUGAAAGCACGCGCACGACACGCUUGCACGACACGCUUAGCGUGCCGUAGAUCACGGAUAUGCGCAUAUUAAAUUGAAAAAAACAAAGACGGACACACUUGCCUUUGUUUUGGCAAAUUUAACACGCUAGACCUUUUGUUUUUUUGUAGCGUGCCAUAUGUCACGGUAAGUGUGCGAAUUAUAGCACGGUUAGCGUGCAAUUUGGGAAGACACGCUGAACACGCUUGAUUACUAAAACCGCUAAGAUGACAAAAAUGGCUUGGGUUUUCAGCGGAUUUAAUCAGCAUUGAUAACUGGUCGAAGUGAAUCAAAUAUACCAAUUGAGACUGUUUUGGAAUUUGAUAGUAACCGUAGCCAUUUGAAAAUCACGACUUAAUGGUCGUCUAGCCUGGACUUAACGCGAGAUCAGUGUAAACCAAUUCCUCCGGCUGUCGGCUGUUGACCGGAAUCGCAAAGAGGCCUGCUAUCGCAUGCGAGGCACUGAAGUUAUGUCGCCUGAAAAUUAUAGUUAUGCCACUGGAAUAUUUAUUAGCAGUAAUGCACAGAGAAAUGAAGUUGAAUAAAUUAGUUUAAUAUAUUUCUUUAAGCCAUGCUGAGACAAACGAAGGUAAUUAAAUCGGAGAAACAAAAACUGCCUAGAAUUUUCUAUAGGUUGAGGAAGGGUAAACAUUUCUAGAUGACCGUUCCAUGCAUGUACAAUUUUCGAAGGUUAUCUAAUAAAUUCCUUACGAUUUUCUGAAGUUUAAUUUUUUCCAUUUCAUUCCCCAGUUAAGCUAUUUUUCGUAGAGAAUUAAGGAAUCCUAAAAUUUUCGGAACCGAAAAUACGAUAAAAUUCUCACUUUCCUAAAACUUUCAAUUGGAAGCUAAAUUUUUCGGGAAAAUAAUCCUGAAGCCCUUGUAAUUUCGAAAAGACUGAAGUUGUCCUAGGAUGCUAGGAUGCAUUUAGGAGGAAAUCACCGUCAGGUGCCCCUGACGAACGAAGCGCUGACGAACGAAGCUCUAUCAAUCAAAAUUUAUGUAAAGAUAUCUCGUUACGCUAUGCUAAGACGAAUCAAGCGCUGUAAACGUGUACUAUAUCUCGUUCUUCACAGGACGAAAAAAACAAGAAUCUGUAAACUAAAAACACUGUAGAAUGAGGGAGGAUUGCGGGCGACUUUUCUUUGAAUUUUGGGCGACAAAACUCAUAUUAUCAGGUUUUGGACGACAUAACUUCAAACGACAUCACUUUCGAGUAGCUUGACCGUCACCCCUUUAGAUCGAGCUCGAUGAAUUAAUUCAAUGACCGAACUUUAUGGAACAAAUGAUUGCCUUCAAGAAUUUCACGCGGAUUACUUUUCAUUUAGUUCUUUUUCUCUUUUCUCACUGUGUGACUGACAGAGAUUUAAUUCUGGGAUCGAGUUUUAGUACUCUAAACACGCCGUAUUAUCGUGGCAAAAACAAAGAAUCAAACAAAAAAGCACCAUACAAUUUCGGAAUUCUGUUAAAAAAUACAUUUUUUGCUUACUAUUCAAAAAGCGGUGAAACAGUCAUUAAUUAACUGAUGUUUCGCUUUUUGUGUUAUUGUCGGCCGGAUCAAUUAAGCAACGUUGGAAACGUUUCGGAAUUUUGGUACAUCUAGAAAAGCAGGCUGGUUUUUAUUUGAUCACUACGAUCCUUGCAAUCGCUAAAAAAUAAAUAGAAUUUAGUGAUCCUGGCACUUGAUGAUUUCUAUUAUAUUUGAUCGCGAUUGCUGCGAUCGGCAAGAAAGUGUCUUAAGUCCGAAAGAUCACUGUUUCUGAGAAAAUUGCAAAUGUGUUUUAAAUUAAGGAAAGUUAAGAUAACCUUUGCACAGCUUCGUCAGUAAACAUUUCUAGAAAGAACUUUGAUUUUGCAAUGCUAAUAUAGUUCUACCCAUAAAUCCAGUAGGUCACACCGUUCACUGUUAAUACUUUUCAAGCGACAACGUUUUUUCAAUCAGAUACUAUCGCUGCGAUCGCUGAGGUGUAACUUUUUCUUUCUCGAUAGUUACCAAAAAAGGGUGCCGUUCAUAAUCAUUUAUGGUUCCUUUUUGUAGAGGAAAUUUAUUUAGCUUAUAGAUAACACGCCUUGCGUGCUUUUGCGCACACUGAAAGCGUGUUGUGCUCUUUCGCACGGAGCUUUUGUUUGAAAACUUUAACACGCUCUUUUGUUCGACUUACAUUGCUCACGCUUAAUUGUCUCAGGCGUGUCCUCUGAAACAAAAGAAAUUGCUAAUGAGGCAAGAUUGCAAGCGUGCUAAAGCGUGUUAAAAUAAAUUCUUUUGUUUUAAAGUGAAAGCGUGUCGUGCGCGUGCUUUCACCUUUAGCAUAUAAGUCCUGUGGAGGGUCACAUAUGCUUAUACUUUAUCCUUCCUACUUAUCGAAUUAUCGAAUGUCACAUUGUCCCCUUGCAAUGUGACUGUUCUUCUUGCAGAGGAAUAUAAUCAUUACCUGAACAUGAUUUUCAUAAAUCUCUUGCUUCAUGAACAUUUGAAUUUGAUUGCAAUUAUGGGCUGUCCACAAGUACAGGAAAACAAUGUGCCUAUAAGCGUCUUUUCGUUUUCUUAACCCUCUAUAACUUCACUUGGACACUUUCCCUUAAUGCUCAUUUUUCAUAGGACAACAAGAAAAAUGUAAUGAGUAAAUCUUUUGAUUAAUUUUGGAGCCUUGUACGUUUGCUUAACUUCGCUAAAGCCUGUACACUGGCUAAGGUAACAUAAUAUGUAAAGAUCUCUAUAGGAGAAGAGUUAGAAAGAGAGAAUCCUCUGUUGGAAAAUAGCCAGCUUUCCCCCGCAAUUAACUUGAUGGAAACACAGUAACCUAUCCCUGACGAUAUUGUCAGAAACGAUCAAGAAGACCUCCAGUUACUUGUAAGAGCGAGGGCAGUUGGUGUGCAGUAUGAGUUUGCACAGCAUGGUGCAUCAGAAACUGAAGAGGACAGGAGGAGGAGGAGGCUGCGAAAUCAAAGGAGAGUAUCUCAAGGGGAAGGAAUGCGGCGUGAAGUUGUCGGAGAUUUACCACCACCUCCUCUAGCAGGAUCAAGUCAGGUUGAGGAUAAUGCCUAUAGCGCGAUUCGAUUUGCGAAGUCUGGAAGGAACGACGUCUGGAAUGCAAGGGCACAAGAAACGUGUACUCGCUACAGACGAGAUAAGAAAAUACCAAGGGUUUGGUCAGAAGAGAACAACAUGAUCCCAAUGUCUGUCCCGGAGAUUCUGUCUGGAACGUCAGAUGCUGAGCAGAUGCUGAUAGCAAGAUUAGCACCUACUGUCCAAGUGCAUAUGUUAAAGCAUGGAGGGAUUGCUUCAAAGCAUUCCCUCAGGCUGUUCAAGAACCAGCAACUAUUCUUCCACGCCUGCCAGCAGAGGUAGAAAUUAUACGGGUAAGAAGGCAAGGAAAGGAUGAUACUCAUAAGGACUUUAGGGUUAGAUGACCCUGUGUUGAAGGAGCCCUUUGCUGGUUGAAGGACAAUAACCCUGCUUAUGAUGACAUUGUGAUUGAUGGCUCUCGCUUACAGAAUUUACCAGAACAUGAGAGGACACAGAGGCUUUUUACUGCAAGUACCAUCCCACGCAGCGAUGUUUUCUUCGCGGGCACCUAAUCCGACUUAAUCCCAUUUAAGAGUGGUUGUCAGAGAAAACCGGGCAAAAUGUUAAAAAUGUCAACGGAAGGGGGUCAACAGAAUAAGUUCAUUCUAACAUCAUAGAUAGGUCUGGUGGAGUAAUGGACAAAUAUACCAAACAUAGGUUCUUCACUGCUCUUGUAUUAGAGAUACGAGCAUCACUUUUUUCGACCCCCUCGGACGCCAUUUUUAUAGGCAAAUUUUCACCAUUUUCUGAAACUCACAGAAGCCUCCAAAUUUAACGAGCGAAGUUUAUUUUAUGUAUGCGAUACAACACAUCACAGAACUACUUUCUAAAACCAUAAGAUUUGUUAAGUAUCCACGGACAAGACUAAAAUUUUCUUAUUUUAUCUGACCUAAACUCAAUGUCUGCAAACGAGCAAAAAAUCGGGCAUUUUUGAAUUGAUCUACAGCGCACAACUAAAAUGACAGAACAACUCGGACAGCCAAAUUGCAGUCUACUAUCAUCCAUGUAACCAAAACACUAAUAAUCAUUUUGGGCCAUUGAAACAGGAAGAAAUUAGAAAACUCACAUUUGUUAUAGGUUUCAAGCUUUUUCUUGUAAACAGGCCGAUCCCUUCGUGUUUGUUUUUAGUCCUCUUCGUGAAUUUUCCUUCAUAUUUCGCUGUAAAGUAUGUUCAGCAGCUGGAGAUCAUAUCAAAAAGCUCGAAAUACUGCCUAGGUUACAUUUUCAAAGGGCAAAAAGUCGGCAAAAAGUGCUGAACGAUAGGAUGAAACUAGAAAAUAACAAAGCGACGUCAUCUUGAAAAUUCAGCACUCAGGAGGGACUGGCACUAGUAACUGCCUUGUACACAAGUGAUGAAUUACCAAACAGAUAAAAAGCAAAAACAAACAAACCGGCUUAUCAGCGACCUAUUACAGUCCUAUUUCGUCUUCAAUUACUACUUUUAGUUAAAUUGUUGUCGCUUUUUUUUUUCGGCGGAGUUAUGGGGUGUGGUGAACAGGUGACCAAUUGGCAUUACUUUAUUCAGUCUUCAUUUGCUCUUCAUUCACUUCAUUUUGAGUUAUCCCAUAUAAGUCUUAGCGUUUCUUUGGACUCUUUUUUGUACCAUUUAUUUUUGCGUCAGUCUUCAAUCACCUUCCAUGUCCGAGGGUCCAAUCAUCUCCUGUUCAUGAUUUCAUGAUGCACAGUUUCAUAGUCCGGAAGGUUUCGCCCGAAGGGUACCUCUUUCAAGAAUCAGGUGUAUCAAAGGGUAGCAAGGAAAUCACAAGUUGAAGUAUGUGAAAGGAGAGGAAAAUCUUUCAUUAAGUAUUUUAAAGAGCCUAUUAUUAAAAUGCUUCGAAGAAACACGCCUUAUGGCAUUAUCAUUUACAUGUUAAGGUUACUCGAAAAUGACCGGAAGACCUCCUUUCUUACCGAUUUAUUCUCACGAAGCAGAUAUAAAGGGUACAACUUUUUAAUGGAAGAUACACGAAAGGGGUACCUUUUGUCAAAAAUAGUAUAUUAUUUUAAGGGUAAGGGACUGGACCUCGGGGCGAAGCCUCUCCGAACAAAGCUUUAUUAAGUAGCCUCCCACCCUUCCCCCCCACCCCCCUUCUCCCUAGAGCUUUCCACAAGUUGCUCGCCAACUUUUUGGCAACUUGUAGUGUUUCGAGCAACUUUUUUCGUUUCAAGCAACUUUUUGCGUAAUUUCUGAGCAAUUUCUCUUACUAGUUUUCUUCCAAUUCUGAGAUAUCUGAGCAGUUUUUAGUGCUUAAAUUGGCCUUGCUUCCAUAUUGCACAGUGUUUUAGUAGACAAUUUAUGAAUUUCCUAUGAAAAAGGAGCCAGAUCCUCACCCCUUGGGGGCAGAUGAUGGGCACAAGAUGCAGCCGGGCUGCUAGGUCAGAGGUUUUUUUUGAACAAAAUUCGAAAUGGCCGACGUCGAUUCACACUUGACUGACACGAGUGUCUAAGGUGAAGAAGGUCAUUCAACAAUUUUAAUGGCUCAUACUAGAAUUUAUACAAUUAUUAAUAUUAAUAUUGAUGAUACAUUUUUUUUUUAAUUGUGGUUUACGGGCUUUUGAUGGCGGACAGAGUUAUCUAGCAACGCUAAUUACGCCGCAAAAUUGCACAAAAUUACUUUUUUUAUACUCUAUCAGGAGCCAUAUAUAUAUAAGUCGGGGUAGUAGACCGUAACUGGAUACCUUUGCCCGGGAUGGGGCUGACCUCAUCGAAAUAUAUAUCAUAGCCAUUAAAUGUACUAUUUUUAGCACAUUUUGUGCCAUCUUGUGUGACUCGCGCGCGCAUUUUUUGCAACAGCGCCGUGGAAAGGAUGAACAAACGAAAUGGCGUUGGAAAUUACCUCCGUAUCAGAUGAAUAAAUUUCGUUUCUGUCAUCAGUGCCUCCUCUGAUUUUAAGGUAAGACCUUAACAAUUACUCUAAAUGUGAGGACUGUGAACAUGGAUUCUGCUUGUGUUAAACGCCGUAGUGAGAGUGUUUUUGACAAAUCCAGUGACGAAGAGAUGUAGGAGAUGUCAAAACUCGAGUUAACACUCAGACCCCUUUUAAAAAUUUUUGAACUGCCAAAAACUUGCAUGGAUCCGCCUUUUCUUUACAUGCGACCCGCGGAACCGUAAAGUUUUUGAGCUGCAAACAGUAUUGCAAUCUAUGGAGAAUUUGCACGUUCCCUCUAAACGGGUUGCACAGGUAAAAAAUUCGUCCGGACCCUUGGCGUUCAGCUUGUGUGGACCGUGCAAAGAGCAUACUGAAAAAGAAGUGAGCAGGAAAAACAAUGAGGGGAAGGGGUACGGAGUGAGAGCCGUAGGAACCCCUGUAAUCGUACUUUUUAACAAAAGCUCCUUCCGGAUCCUUCCGGUAAACCAGAUCUGGUAAGGGGCCGACCAUUUAACUCUUGAGGGUGGGGCUGGGUGAUUUCUGGUCAUCAAGAAUUUUUUUCCCUAGCAAUAUGGUGGGCAGGAUAUUUUUUCCCUUUUUUUCCCAUAAGCUCUCUAUUACAUUUGUGCUGCAUGCAAUUUUCUUCUUCCGACAAGCGCUUGCAGGAAAUUUUUUUUCAAAAUCACCCACUCCCCCACCCCCCUCAAGAGUUAAAUGGUCGGCCCCUAAACCAGAUCUGGUUAACCCUUUGAAUGGUUUAUUUUGACAGCUCUUGUCAACAGUCAUUACCUUAUGGAAAUGCGAAGUGAUAGCGAUGAGAUCAUCAGUUAGAAGGCUUACUUUCAAACCCGGGGGGGACUCGACAUAUGAAAGGGGUUGGGAGGCUCGUCGGAAAUUUCGAAUUAAACCCCUAAAGGAGACCGAUCUGGGCGUGGCCCAAGCUAUUUUUGAUCCCUAAAAGAGACCAUGUUGAAACACAGACAAACGAGAAAACUUGGAUGAUAUGAAUGGAAUAAAUAAAACGAAUUAAAAAUAUACAUAUCAAAUAUAUAUUUUUAUUUUUUUUCGCGUGCUACCCUAAACGAGACCUUCACGGCUAAAUAUGAUGGCGUUUUGCCCAGAACACCCUAAAUGAGACCAAAAUCCCAAAUUUACACCCCUAAGCGAGACGACGAGCAUCCCCACCACUUUCAUAUGCAGAGUCCCUCCCCCCGGCUUUCAAAAAUUACUUCGUCCGCUCUCUUGGCCGCUUUUUGCCGCUCUGCACGCUGAUUCAACUGUCUAUUUUAGGUGAUAAAAAUUAUUGCAAAUUUUACAGCAAGCAAUAUCUACUGCCCGUAGUUAGCCUGCACGUAGUUAGCCCGCUCUCGAGGUUGAUAUAUAUAGCAAGUCUAGCUAGCUCCCAUGAGAGCGAAGUUAAGUGAUUCAUAAAGAGACAAAAUAGAUCUUUAAUAGCGGAGCUCUGGCGCGCAAAGCGCGCCUGCGGAACACCAUGGGUAAGUAAAUCUACCCAUCCGAGAAAAUUUGGUAAUCACGUGACCGUACACCGUCCGCAGCCCGCCCGCCCGUCCGUCCGCACCACAGGACAACCAAUGUUCAAUCUCACACUUUGUAGCUAGUUUGGUAGCACAGGAAGACUGAUAUUGCACACAUAUUGUACAUCAAUGUUGUGAUCAAUUGACAGCUGUCAAAACAGGGUAUCCGCUGACCAGUGUGUCCGUAUGAUGUCGACUCAUCGAGGUCGAGUAUCUUUUUGAAGUUAUCCGCUGACAAGUUACUAGUUUUCAAAUGAUCGCAGGCUCAAGUUUAAUUUUUGUUUAAUUCAUAUGAAAUAUGUUGUGUUUUACAUGUGUCGCACUAUUAAAAUUUUGAUUUCAAACUGACCUCGGAAGCUAAAAUUCAGCCAGUUUUUACAGACAGGGAAGACAUGCCAGUUGCUUUUGACUUUUCUCACCAAGGUCACGCGUUGGUCACGCUCUACGUCCAAUUUUUAUGCUCUGAUUGGUCAAAAUUUUACAGGUGAGUUCAUGCGGAAAAUUUAUGCAGCAUCUUGAAUCUUGUUUACUUUGACAGCUGAAGCUGACAGAGUUUUGUGUCAACUUGUGAUGUUUUUAACUGUGUUUUUCCGCUGAAUGUACAAAAUGAAAUUCUGCUGCUAUCAAGAGUCUUCUGUUAUUCAUAGCUAGUUUAUUUAUUGGGUUUUUGGUUGAGAAAUACGUCGCUUGUCAAAGUUGGAAAUCCGAUUUCGGGUGGCAUCGUUUUCGUUUUUCACCUUGCUUGAUGCGUAAGAGGGUUGAAAAGUCUGAAGCGAUUCUGGCCUUACUUGAUAGUUUUCAGAGCAUCUCGAAUGGUAAGCCUGAGUAAUUAUUGUAUUUGAUGUUUGUUUUUUAUAUCUAAUUUAAUGAAGUCGGGCGUAGUUUAUGCGGCUAUUUAGUUUAUGCACGUUUGUAAGAUUUGAGGCAAUGAUCGAUCUGACCGAGCAUCAGGUUUGAUUAUAAGCUUAUAGAACUUUAAAAAGCCUUAGGACAUUUUCUCACUGCAAAUAGAAAGAAAACUUUCCAAAGAAUAUUUAGUUAUAAUUCUGGCUGUAAAAGAAAGCUUUGAGCGAUUUUCUUGCCUCAAGUUCAUCUUUGAAAAAACCAAACGCCGGGAAGCCGGCUUAAAACAUAAACAAGGAUUUUCAGAGACACUUUUUACCUGUCUUCGUGAAUGAAAAUUGUUGUCUCUGUAUAUGUUCACCGAAUUAUUAUCCUUUUAUUGAUUAUUAGUAGUCUCUUUUGCAAUUUUAAUCGCUGUGCCGUUUGUUUUCAGUCGCUCACGAACAUCGCUUACAGGAGUGGUCAAAAUGCCGCGUGUAUCAAACGCUUUUGAAGAUUACACAUAGUUAUAAAACCGUUAAGUAAAGAAAUAAACAUAAUAAAUUUUUUAUCGUGUUAAAGCGUAUAACUCUGUUAAUCUUGAUUUAAACAGUUGACUUUGGCGCUUGUCAAAAGUGAGAACCGGCAAGCCGUAUAGGUGAUUUUAGAAAUUUUUUUAACGGUUUCGGUAAAAGCCCACGCGUGCGUCAAUCGACCUGAAUGUUGAAUGAGUACAAUUUGUAUUGCAAAAUUGUGAUCUUUCCGAGGUCUGUAUGAUAAAAACAGUGCCUCAUGGUACUGUUUCACCUCAGAUGAUGUAUAAAAAGUAUAAAAGGUUGGUUUGCACGUCCCCAGACUUGUUAGCAAGAUUUUGUAAAAUAAAUCGUAAACUUGUCGAACGCAAAAAAUUGGGCCUGAUUUGUUUUCCGAGAAUUUGUUUUCCAGGCCUAAUCUACUGUGAUCAAGAGCCAUUAUGGCUCUUGAAUGUGAUCGAAGAUGAUUGCUAUUUUUCGCCCCAUGUAAGGGAAUCCGGAUUCCGGAAUCCAGGAAUUUUCUGCUUGUGGAAUCCGGAAUCCUGGGCUUUGGAACCCGGAAUCCAGGACUAGGGAUCCGGAAUCCUACUAAAGAUUGGAAUCCAGAAUCCAACUUACUAAAGAUCCAUUCCUGAUUGGAUUGAGCAACUCGCUCGAAAGAAAAACCAUCUAUGGAAAGCCUCCCCAGGGUCUAUGCCUCAACGUGAUGACAUACAGUGUAAUAUCGGCAUAUCUGGUGUCAAAACCAUAGUUGACGAGCUCCAUAUGAAAGGUCACGGUAAGCGGGUGAACUCUUGCUUCAACCUCGUCGCCAGGGCUUUUCCCUUAAAAAAUGGGUGGGGCCGGAAAAGGCCCUGGCAUCGGCUGGUCACGUGCACAGCCUAAAUAUUCUUGAGAAGCUAAUUUAUAUGCAACCCGCUGGUUUUGCGCUGACAGAAGUCGAACGGAGCAACAAUGGAAAAUAAUAAUAUCGCAAACCAGUCUGAUCGCGAACUGUAUGUCAAUAUUUUCGCGUCUGUGCGAUUCAAAAGCUUAAGAUCCAUUUAAUUGCGUAUUAUUCAAAUGCUACAAGUUUACGAAAGGGCGUGCCGGCUCUACGUUGUCACGUACAAAAUAUGUCAAAUGCUUCAGAGUUGAGACAAGCUGUUAUCGAGUAGUGCUUCGACUGAAAUUCAUCGUUAUUGUGGAAUUACUGUACGAUCAAGCAGAAAGUGAUUUUGUCCAAUGUCAAACAAAAAUGCGGGCCUUUGCCUCUAGGAUCUGCAGUGAAUUUAAACAAAUUGAACUUAAUUGAAAUAGAAUUGUUCAUCAAAAUGCUUUAUGGAGUUUGGUCUUCUCUACAACCCGACCAUGAAACGAACAAAUCUCCGCGCCGGAUGCAAGUCACCCCUCCAGCCAGGAGCGAUGACAGGUCGCCGAUCUGAAGCAUUUUAAGAUCUCUUAUAUCUUUUCUCUUCCGAGGAUAAGUACAAAGGAUUUUCCUUAUAUCAAAGGGAAGAUUGACUGAUCGAUUGGAAUCAACUACAGCUCUGUAAAUUUUAAAUGGACCCAAGUCUUUCUUUGUUACCAGUCGUUUGAUACCCCUGGGUGCCAGAAACUUUUCAUGCGCGGUUUCCGGUUUCGGUCAAGUCUCGCAGAGGUCAAUGAAUUUUUUAAAAAUACAGGUCAUACUAGAUAAGUCUAAACCAACGCGUGUCGCUAUGAUGUGGCUGAGAGUCAAGGUGAAUAGAACUAGGUUGUGUACGGCGGUCCACUUCGCAAGAAAGAAAAAAAAUAUCAAAAGAGUCGCGAAAACGGACUUUUCCAUACCAGUACAAACUUUAUGCAUGUACGAUAGCUUGUUUGUCAUUUAUAUCGCUCUAUAAAGGAAGUUUUACAAAUGUUACCGCUCGCUGUCUCCUUCAUAAAAAUCGGAGGAAAGCAAAAAAUCACCAUAGCCAGUAUCUGUGACAAAAAAGAAAUCUUGUAAAACUUUUCGUUACUCGUCAAGAGAUAUAAAAGCCCGCCCAAGAUCGCGCGCUGUGAGGUUACGCAUAAUUUUAGCUUUUCACAUAGCGCUAACAGUAUUACACCCAGGAUUUUAGGGUGUACGAGGGGACACGUGACCAGCCGAUGCCAGGGCCUUUUCCCGCCCCACCCAUUUUUUAAGGGAAAAGCCCUUGCUUAUGAGCGGCUGGCAGGAUCACAAAAUUUGGGGGUUUUCGAGGGAAUACAGCGCAGCCUUUUUAAGGUAUAAAACAACUGGAUUGUUGUGAAUAACUUCAACCUCUGGCUAUGUUUGAUUCCCUGUUGUUCACUCGGUUCGCUGAACUUAAAAAAUCAAAAGCGAUUUGACCUGGAAUAGCACCGGAAAAGGUGCACCUGGGGUGAACCUUUUCCUUUUCCUCUCCUGGUCCUCCUGGUUCUCAAUUGAAAAUAAACGUCCACUUUCAACAUUUUACCAAAAAAGAAAAAAAGAAAUUCACAAUCUCCUAGUCCCUAAUUUGGUCCUAGUAGUUUCGGUAAGAACAGUUUCAUGGUUUCGAUAAUCUUUAUUUGAGAAAUAAGCUAGGUACUGUCAGAACCGUACCAAUCAGCUGUCACUAAAGUAAUCACGUGCAAGGCCGCGGUGGGUGCCUUUUUCAUUCAUCCGCGACAUUCGAGUGAAAUCUCGCCACCUCAUCGAUGAGACGAGCCUUUUGAAGUUUGUUGUCUGUUGAAUUUUUCUUUUCUACCUUAUUAAAAAAGAAAAAAAACGUUAUGGGAAAGCACAAGCAAAAACAAAAGGCUGAUAGAGAAAGGUACGUAUAAACAUUCGUCCUAUGGUCAAUUACUAUCUAGGGCUGGGCUAUCGACUCUACACAACCGGCGACUACAGGACAUAGCUAUUCUCAUGUAUAAAGUUAAAAACAACAUGUGCCCAACCUGCAUUAGCACUCUCUUUGAACAGCCUGCAAUUAAGUAUGAACUGCGCAAUCAUGACUUCACUAUACCCAGAUUCAACACAGCCUCCUUUGGAAAGCACUCGCUCAGGUAUAUGGGCCCAAGGGUAUGGAGCUCUGUUCCUAGUAACGUGAAAAAAGCUUCCACGUUGUCCUCCUUCAAAUAUAACAUCAGAAAAGUGGAUCUUAGCAUGCUAUUAGAUGACAAUAACUGCUCUAACUGCUCUCUUUGCACUUCUUAAUCUUUUAUUUCUUAUUUUUUAUAAGAUAAUGGAUACAUUUGUACAUAUUGUAUAUAGUUCCCUCGAAUUUCUCACUUGCUUAUACUGUACAUAGUUUUUCUUAAUUUUAAUUAAUUUAUUAAUUGAUUUAUUUUUUAAAAAUUUAUUUUAGUGUCCCCACUUAGUGGUUAUACACCGCUAUUACAGUUUUGACACUUUAAUAAAGGUAUCAUCAUCAUCACCAUCGUAAUACUGUGUUGAGAAAUUUUAUACCAGUUUUUAGCUGACUGAUAGAUCUAAACGUGCCAAAGGCAAAGCUGCAUGAUUUUUCGUUUGUGUCGAUCUGUGGACUGUAACGUGGCGGUAAGCAAGUCACAAACAUGAACGAAAAAUUGUUUUUUUCCUCAAUCAUAGUUGAAUGUGAUAUGAAGUUUACGUCGUCCGUGGAGAAAAUAUCGUAUAAAUGAGCGCUAUAUGGUUGUAAAACGCUUAAAACUAGCCAACGCGUAAGAAACACUCAAGUCUCUCUUCAUCUCUCAGUCAUCUUAGUCUCGGUCGAGGAACAGACGGAUUUUUCAUGUUUUCUUUCUACAGUUGUGCUCCUGAAUAGGCCUCGUUCACAUUGAGGUCGCUUUUGGAAAUUAGACCGAUCUGAGAUCGGUUUAUUCCGUAAGUUUUUUUUGUUAGAAAUGGAUCCUAGAGACCCCAGACCAUCUCAGAGACCCAGAUCUCUUAUUGACGAAGCCGAAGGUCAAAUCCAAUUAUUGCCUGUCGGGAAUGUGACAGGCGAUGAAAGAGCGCAUGCUCGAAAUAAAUCCUCAAUUUUCGACAACGAAUUUGAUAGAGCCGUGAAGUCUUUUUUCUAACAAAACGUGGUUAUACGUACAUCCUAAGUAUGAACCAACUAUUUUUUUGUUGUAUAUGUUCUUUUUAACAUCAAAUUCAACCGCGACAGUUAGUUUGAAUUUCAUUAUCAUUGAGCGCGCUGAAACCUCAAAGCAGUACGCGUCAACUUAUACGCGAGAAUUUUUUACCCUCUUCAAAAGUCUUUAUUGACACGGAGAGAGACUUUUAAAAAGUCUUAAAGGAUAAGAUAAAAAUGGUUUUCCAAGAUUUAUUGAGACGGAAAACUACUCUUUAGAGAACGGAACCAAAGACUUUAAUUUGCAAAGAAUGAAUGGCACACGCCACAGCGUAUUUUUAUUUGGCCAGUUACUAAUAAAACGAGAAACCAGGCAAAAAGAGACAAAACGACCUAAACGAUGCACAACGAUCAAAAAUAAUCGACAAAAGAUCCACAACGACCCAAAACAAGCCAAAACAAGUUCCACCCUCCUAGGAACGUCGGCUAAAAUUGAUUAAAUGAUUAAUAUUUCACUACGUUUUCAUACCCGGAGCGUAGGAUGAUCUGUAUGGUCUUUUUAUGCAAAAAGGGGUUCCUAGGGGUUCGUCACGGCAACGCGUGACGAACCCCUAAGAACGUCUGCGUAGGAGGCUAGUAAUUUUGUAAAUCGAAAAAGAAAACAAACUUGUUAUGCCUUCUAAUGACGCCUUUCAAUAUGGCAAGAUUCGAACACGUAAACAACGUGCGAAGAAAAGAAUUAAAACCGGAAAAAAAUGGAGUCCACCUCUUUUUGGAAUCUGGAAUCCACUGUGCUGGAAUCCGGAAUCCAGUACCCGGGAUCCGGAAUCCACAGCAUCGAAUCCAGAAUCCAAGACUGUCCUGGAUUCCCUUACAUGGGGCGAUAUUUUUUGGGUGUACAUAUAAGGCUAUCAACUCGAUGUAAGAUUAAGUUCACUCUUAGCUUGGACUGUUUGCAAAUUAUUUUUCUCUAAAAUCACUUAGCCUUUCCCUCAAUUAAAAGUCACUUGAAUGUGCUCUAAAGUUAACUGAUUUGUAAAAUACAAUUGCAAGUUUAUUGUUUGAUUUAAAUGAUAAAUUCGAGUUAACAGGAGCUUCGCUUUUAGCCCUGGCUAAAUCUAUAUAUUAUUAUCUACAUUCACGGGACACCUCGAAAUGAGGAGGGAAUGAAGCAAUUAACCUGCGAUCAAGCGUUCUUCCGUGUUUUUUCCUUUGAAAGACUGAAACAAGCUAAAUUCAACUAAAAGAAGUAACUGAAGAAGAAAUAAGACUGGAGUAGGUCGCUGAUAAGCUGGUUUGUUUGUUUUUUUGUUUUUUAUCUUACUGGUAAUUACAGGAGCCCAGAGGCUCCUGGUAAUAGCUCGUUAUAGCCAACGUUCGAUAAAGGAACUUCUUACAUGAAUCCGAGGCUUUCUGGUUACAUUUCUGUAUUAGGGUUGGUUUUCUAUGUGCUCAAGUCUCUUUUGGGAAUUACGAGACAACUGAGUCGUGAAAAAUUUGCAAUUUUUGUCCUUAUGUUAGAUAUCGAACGCAGCUACUAGUGCCAGUCCCUCCUGAGUGCUGAAUUUUCAAGAUGGUGUCGCUUUGUUAUUUUCUAGUUUCAUCCUAUCGUUCAGCACUUUUUGCCCUUUGAAAAUGUAACCUAGGCAGUAUUUCGAGCUUUUUGAUAUGAUCUCCAGCUGCUGAACAUACUUUACAGCGAAAUAUGAAGGAAAAUUUACGAAGAGGACUAAAAACAAACACGAAGGGAUCGGCCUGUUUACAAGAAAAAGCUUGAAAAUUAUAACAAAUGUGAGUUUUCUAAUUUCUUCCUGUUUCAAUGGCCCAAAAUGAUUAUUAGUGUUUUGGUUACAUGGAUGAUAGUAGACUGCAAUUUGGCUGUCAGAGUUGUUCUGUCGUUUUAGUUGUGCGCUGUAGAUCAAUUCAAAAAUGCCCGAUUUUUUGCUCGUUUGCAGACACUGAGUUUAGGUCAGAUAAAAUAAGAAAAUUUUAGUCUUGUCCGUGGAUACUUAACAAAUCUUAUGGUUUUAGAAAGUAGUUCUGUGAUGUGUUGUAUCGCAUACAAAAAAUAAACUUCGCUUGUUAAAUUUGGAGGCCUCUGUGAGUUUCAGAAAAUGGUGAAAAUUUGCUUAUAAAAAUGGCGUCCGAGGGGGUCGAAAAAAGUGAUGCUCGUAUUUCUAAUACAAGAGCAGUGAAGAACCUAUGUUUGGUAUAUUUGUCCAUUACUCCACCAGACCUAUCUAUGAUGUUAGUAUGAACUUAUUCUGUUGAACCCCUUCCGUUGACAUUUUUAACAUUUUGCUCGGUUUUCUCUGACAACCACUCUUAAUAUAUCGCGCUCCUCGAAAGUGCGAAAAUUUUCUUGUCGUGUAUUAGAUUUCAGAUACAUUUUCUUAAAAUCUUCAUUUCGCGCCAGAAUAAAUUAGUUUGCGCGCAAAGGGCUCCUAAAAAAAUCACAAGGUUUGUCCCACUUCGAGUCCACCUUCUGGAGAUACGCCGGCUUGGUAGCUGGAAUACAUUGCCGAGGCGAAGAUCUGGCAUUUUUUCCUCCUCGUCGUAUUUUCUUCACGAUAAAUGUUUAUAUUUGUAGUGAGAAUGCAGCGCAUAUCGGUGGGUUUUACUUCAUGCGGCCUGCUACUUCUGAAAGAAGAGUGCCGGAUUUCAUCGUUUUGUUCAUGUUUAUUAGUGUUGGCAAAUGUAAGGUAAAUGAACCGACCACUGUAAGGUAAGAAUUGAAGUUUUAAAUUUGUUACCCGGCGAAAAAUCGUGGAAUUGGAAUUCGUGAAACUCGUGAGUAUUACCUCUGUUACCUAAUGUUAUGCGAUGACUCCUCGCUUUUUCGAUGCGUAACACGGAUACAAGCGAUAAAUUUCUUUCGCAAAGUGAAGUAUAAUUUACUUAACGAGACCAUUUGACGAAUAUUCCUCGUUAUAUGUUUUAUUCAUAUUUGCUUGGCUUAUUUAGGCUACGUGCCACGAGUUUGAUAGCAAUGUUUGUGUGCUAUAAUUAUGCUGAUAAGUUUUUGCACCUUUAUAUUGAAACUCAUGAAAGCCAAACGUUUGUUAACUCUAGCAAAACACUCUUCUAUUAUGGAGGAACUUUUAACGUCUUUCGGAGUCCUAAUAUGGUGUCAAAUUUUUAGGGGAAACAAAGCGUGAUUUUUGGCCAAACAGACUAUAGCUUUUUUGUCUUUGAAGAGAGCGCGAGGUUAACGUCCGUGAGUACAGUGUAAGCCAGUGAUUCUUUAGGUAGAGCUAACAAACAUAGGCUGCACUUUAGGUGGCACACCCAUGGGUGCAGUGUAACCCAGUGAUUCUUUAGGCAGAGCUAACAAACAUAGGCUGCACUUUAGGUGGCACACCCAUGGGUGCAGUGUAAUCUGUGUACAAACAUAGACUAUACAGGUGCACAUCAGAUGGUAACAAGUUUUCCAGUUAAAACUUUGUCAUAAAGUGCUACACCAUGGCACUUCGACUAUUUCAUUAUCGCGCGGUUGAUACAUUGUUUUUACGCACAAUUGAUAGUCAGGAGAAGUCGUGUUGUCUAAAACCAUAGCAAAAGACAAAUUUACACACAUCACAGCGUUAAGGUAAGGUAAUACACAGUAUUUCCUUCAGAUACAUUUACAUUUUCUGUUAGGUUAUAAGCUAUUAAAUCGCAUGCAGCGACGAACAAAACGCGAAGCCGUCAGAUACUCUAGAACCGUGUUAUUUACAGUGCUGUGCAUGAUUAUUGCUUAACUAACUAACUACGCGCUGAUGGAAAUAAGUUUCGGCCGCUUUAAAUUUUGAAACAAUUCACUGGUACUGUAUAGUCAAAAUGUUGGAGCGGAAAGUUAGCACGCGAGCAGGGCGAUUCUGCUGUGGUUUCUGUAAUGUAGAAGAUAUUACGGCAAUGAGGCUCCCGAGGUCCGUUCCCGAAAUCACAACAUGUAGGAUGAAAUGUAUUCUGCGUGCAGACGUCUCCUUUUCCAGGUUAGGUUAAAUAAACCGUACCAACGGUUUGUUUGACAAAGCUCCAGCGGGACGGUUUCUUGGUGAUUUUAUUAAUUUUUCCGAUCCAUUUUUUUUUUCAUCUCUAUUUUCGCGGCUUUUGCGAAACAAACUAAAUUCAUUUUUAGUUGUGAUGGCAUUACACUGCUUAAUCAUGACGGCUUUGGAAGAAACUGAAUAUAUUGCGCUUCGCGAUUUCGCAAAAUCGCUGCGGGAAUUGAAAAAUAUUUUCUUCCAAAACAACGUUUUCACCCUUCUUUCUCUAGUCAAUUAUCUCGUUUGUCUCGUUUUCUAAAGGUCCUUUAGAACACAAUAAGACAAUAUUUUAUUACCUACAACCGAAAAACCUGAUUUUUGACCAGAUCGAAACAAAACUGUCGUCUGAAAUGGAAGAAGAAAAGCCUUUUAUUUUUGCCGGCUUCGGCCUGCCGACGCGAUCGUGUCUGUUUUGCUUUCAGAUGAUGACAUUUUUCUGACAGAAGGGUGUCGGGAGAAACACCUCGCGCUGAUCAUACGUGACAAAAUCCGCCGCGCCUAAGCUAAUUAAGAAAAGUCUCCUCGAAAGCUCCAUAGAAUUCCUUAUAACAAAAUUAUAAGGAAUUGUAUGGAGCUCUCCGGGAUACUUACGGUGCAAGCCCUGUGUGUCUUCUCAUGAUGGUGAGUUGCCCAAUUUGAAAACUGUGGAAUUUUCUGAAACAGAACGCGUGGAUGACCAAGGCCCUGCUCCACAGCAACUGGAUGCCGGGGAAACGGAUGGUACCGAUGACGUGACUGGAAUUAUUCUUCCUGAGCAAGGAGUGAAUGUACAAGCACAAGUUGAAGCGGCCAUAAAAGAAGUUGUUUCAGAACCUAGGGAAGGCGAAGCGGAAGAUGCAAUACGAGAUGUGCAACGACCAGUAAUCCCAUGA